AAUUAUUUUGAGUUUAAUCAGUAGGAAGGCGAUAGAAGUUAUUGAGAUAACAGCUCCCAAAGAAGCGGUAUAUUCCUGCAUCUUUCAUUCCAGAAAAUUCUCCAGACUCGAAUUUUAACGAGAAUUGAGACUUUUUCAAACCGCAUUUAUUCUUCUCAACUCAAUCACAAAUAAAAUACCAAAGAUGUCUGGAGCAGCAAAAAGAUUGAUUCCUCUGUUCGACAGAGUUUUAAUUAAGAAAUUUGAAGCUGUAACUCAAACGAAAGGAGGAAUCGUGAUUCCAGAAAAAGCACAAGACAAAGUUUUGCAGGGCACAGUAGUGGCUGUUGGACCUGGUGCUAGAUUACAAGAUGGUUCUCUUGCCCCAUUAUCAGUGAAAGUUGGAGAAAAAGUACUACUUCCAGAGUAUGGCGGCACCAAAGUUAAUUUGGAAGACAACGCUGAAUACCAUCUGUUCAGAGAAUCAGAUAUUUUAGCUAAGGUAGAAUAAGUUCAAACAUGAUUUCCAUUUUUUAUAAUCGAAUUUCUCUGUGAGAAUGUAGAGUCUGAAUAUUUUUAGUUUUUUUGUACUAAUGAUCUGGCUUCUAAAAAUGUUCAGGCUUGUUGCAGUGUUUUCAGCUUAUGUUCAUUAUAUUCUUGUUGAAAACAUUGCAGAAAAUGAUAGUUGAUGUUUUAGUUACUGUACUGUGUACUGUUUGAAAUUUGUUGAAAAUAUAUUUAUAUAAAACUUC